AUCACCCUUGAAGAUUGAAGAGUGGAGCAACAGCAGGAUGUCCCAGCAUGUUUUGCUUUCUUCGGGGGUCAAGGGAUGGCGCUCCUUGUUUUGCCACAAAUCUGAACUUCGACUGGACCUUACACUGGGAUGUGGGCAGACAUUCAGAUGGCGAGAGACAGGGGAAGGCCACUGGACCGGAGUAAUGGCAGGACGAGUGUGGACACUGACUCAGACCGAGGACACUUUAUGGUACCAUGUCUACGCCAAGAAUGAAGAUCCAGGUCUUAUUAACAAACGGAAAAGAAAAACGACAGAUGAGUAUCUAGGGUCACAAAAGAAAUCCAAAAAAACGAUUGAUGUGAAGGAGGAGAUGGAGGAGACCAGCAUUAGUACAGGGAGCUCCGAGCAGGACAGGAAAGACGAGGAGGUGCUGAGAGACUAUUUCCAGCUGAAUGUUAACCUUAAAGAGCUGUACGAAGAGUGGAGUGCUGUGGAUCCACACUUUAACCACACAGCCACUAUCUUCUCAGGGGUGCGGAUGUUGCGGCAGGACCCUGUGGAGUGUCUCUUCUCCAUCAUCUGCAGCUCGAAUAAUCACAUCUCUCGGAUUCAUGGGAUGGUGGAGCGUCUGUGCAACACACUCGGGAAGCCACUCUCCACACUUGAUGACACACACUAUCACGACUUUCCUUCUAUAGAGGCUUUGGCAGACAGCAGUGUGGAAGCACGGCUAAAAGAUUUGGCUUUCGGCUACCGAGCUCGUUUCCUGCAGCAGAGUGCGCACCUCAUUAUGAGCUCUCAUGGUCCUGAGUGGCUGUUUAAACUCCGUACCGCCCCCUAUCUGCAGGCCAAAGAUGCCCUUAUUACUCUGCCGGGUGUUGGACAUAAGGUGGCUGAUUGUGUGUGUUUGAUGUCGCUGGACAAGCCCGAAGCCGUUCCUGUGGACACACACAUGUGGCAGAUCGCUAAGCGUGACUAUAACUGUGCUGCAGGAAGUGGACACAAAACUCUGACUGAUAAGGUCUACCGAGAAAUCGGAGAUUUCUUCAGAAAGCUGUGGGGAUCCUAUGCUGGCUGGGCUCAAUCUGUCUUGUUUUGUGCUGACCUAAAGAAGUUCCAAAAACUAAAAGAAGGUCCAAACAUCAAGGAAGAAAAGACGGAUGCAAAAAUACACAAGAAGAAAAAGAAGAAAGAGACUUGUAAAAAGGAAAGGGAGUGAGGCCAGCAGUCAGGUCAAAGCUGCUUUUGGUGGACUGACAAAAAAAAUCAACACUCAGGACUUGUAACCAAUAACAUGUUUGUGUAUGUUAGUCAAUCUGCUGAACUAUUACAUUUUUAAUGUGUGCUGGAUUUUAGCCAAGAUCAUGAUCAUGAAAUAUAUUUUCUUAUUCCAAAGUUUGGAUGAAUUCUAAGUGAAUACAAGUUUUCUACGGGAAAGCAAUACUGUUAGUACAACCCCAAAUCAGAAAAAGUUGGGACGGCAUAAUAAAAAUGCAGAGUUACGUACAUUUACUUUGGCUUUAAUUUGAUUGCAGACAGGAUGAAGCGGAGAUAUUUAAUGUUUUAUCUGCUCAACUUCAUUUCAUUUAUUAAUAAACCCUAAUUCCUGCAUUUCAGGUCCUAGUGUUUCAGGUUUUAUUUUGUCUCAUUCUUCCUGCAAACACGUCCUAAGAUGUGCAACAGUACGUCGUCGUUUUUGCAUUUUUCCUUUCAAAAUUCUCUGUUGGGGACAGGAAUUGGAAUCUAUUGGAAUGCUGAUUCAUCUGACCACAAUACACAUUUCCACUGUGUGAUGGUCCAUCCUAGAUGCCUCUCAGCCCCGAGAAGUCGAAGCCGCUUCUGGACAUGGUUAACAUAAGGCUUCUUUUUUAGCACAGUAAAGUUUUAAGUGGUAACUCUGUAUUGUAGUGCUUGACAAAGGUUUGCCAAACUAAUCCCCCACCCAUGUGGUUAUAUCAGCUAUUGUUGAGUGGCGGUUCUUGAUGCAGUGCCGUCUGAGGGAUCGAAGAUCACAGGCGUUCAGCUUAAGCUUGCACUCUUGGCCUUUACGCACUGAAAUUCCUCCUGAUUCUUUGAAUGGUUUAAUGAUAUUAUGCACUGUAGAGGGAGAAAUAUGCAAAUCCCUUCCAAUUAUCUUUGAGGUUCAUUGUUUUUAAACAUUUCAAUCAUUUUCUCACACAUUUGUUGAUAAACUGGAGAUCCUCUGAUCAUCUUUGCUCAUCAUCUGUCCUGGAUGCUGCUUUUGUACCAAAUUAUGAUUACAAUCACCUGUUGACAUCACCUGUUUGGAAUCACAUCAUUAUUUAGUUUUUUCACCUCAUUACUAGCCCUAAAUUGCCCCCGUCCCAACUUUUUUUUGGAAUGUGUUGCAGAUGAAAUAUCUUGGGUUCAUCCUGUCUGCAAUCAAAUAAAAAUUUUAUUUGCAUUUUCCAUACUGUCCCAACUUUUUUCUGAUUUGGGGUUGCACAAUUGCAGUUUAUUUGCUAAAUUUAACAUAUGGUGAUGUUAUAACUUUUGCACAUUCCAUAUUUUGUGUGGUUUUUUGAAUAUGUUAAAAAAAAAUGUACCCUGAAGUGGAUGUGUUUACUUUUCUGUAUUUCUGAACU